GGGAGAUCAGAUAUAGUGAAUGCAGGGUCCAGGGAGACCAGAUAUAGUGAAUGCAGGGUCCGGAGAGAUCAGAUAUAGUGAAUGCAGGGUCCGGGGAGACCAGAUAUAGUGAAUGCAGGGUCCAGGGAGACCAGAUAUAGUGAAUGCAGGGUCUGGGGAGACCGGAUAUAGUGAAUGCAGGGUCCAGGGAGACCAGAUAUAGUGAAUGCGGGGUCCGGGGGAGAUCAGAUAUAGUGAAUGCAGGGUCCUGGGAGACCGGAUAUAGUGAAUGCGGGGUCCAGGGAGACCAGAUAUAGUGAAUGCAGGGUCCGGGGAGACCAGAUAUAGUGAAUGCAGGGAGACCAGAUAUAGUGAAUGCAGGGUCUGGGGAGA